CCCAGGGGAGAGUGAAAUAGAGGCCUUCCACCGUGGUGCAAGAGACCGACUAGAGAAGAUAAAGGAGGGCAAAAAAAAAAAAAAAAAAAACAACCCAGUGGGAACCAGAGGAAGUUUGGGACUUCCUGCAGGCUUCCCCAGUGACUUUGCUUUGGAGAAGACGGCGGGAAAAUCCUCCGAAAUCUCACGCUCUUUCCUUUCUCGCAACGGACAGGCCUGGGCCAAAGAAACGGGCAAAUACAAUGAGGGCGUAGACGAGCCGGAUCCGGCCAAAUGGAAGGCCAACCUGCGUUGUGCCCUCAACAAAAGCCGGGAGUUCAGCCUGAUCUACGACGGGACCAAAGACACGCCGAUGCAGCCCUACAAGAUUUACGAGGUCUGCGACGCACCCCUGCCCAACGGAGAGAGUUUUGCUGGAGAAGAGCCUGCAGGAUGCGAAGAAGAGGAGGAG